CAACUAGACUUCCGACCUUUUGACAAGGUCCCCAUUCCAGAUCUGGUGGUAUAUAACUGCUCACAUCAUCAGCCCGUUUCACUGACUUUCUCUGUGAAGAAUCAAGUUCUAAAAGGUCUAGAAAAUGCAACCAUUCUCUCAGUCAAAGGAUUCGAUCGAGAUCCCACAAAGAAUAUGAUUAUAAUAGGCGUUCGCAUACCAAGGAUGGAAAUCGAAGGAACCUACGAAUACCAGGCAAAACUUUUCUUGGCCCAGUUUAAUGGCACAGGGCCUAUUAAAGCCGAUUUGCAGAAUGUCCGCCUUACCAUUAUUUUCAAGGCCUAUGUAGAGUUUCGAAAUGGAAAGCGUUUUUUAAAGGUAUACAACUUGGAGUCCCAGGUACAGCUGGAUCGUUUCAUAAUUUUGCUGGAUAAUCUUAAUUCCGAGAACUUGGACUUCAGCAUUGUGGUAAAUGAUUUGCUGAAUGAUCACUGGCUAGAAUUCUGGAACGAACUUGAGCCCAUCUUCUUGCCCUACAUAAACGAAAUGGGUGUAAAAAGAUUAAAGCGGUUUUUCCAUCACUUUUCCUAUGACGCAAUUUUUAUACAAGAUGAUCUGCAAUAA